CGGCGCAGCAGCGCGCGGGCAGUUGGCUGCAGCCAUGUGGGCGCUCGCCGUGCUGCUCUGCCUCGCGGCCGCCGGCGCCUCCCCGGGCCGCCUCCGCCGCAAUGACACCACGGCUGCACACUCUCAAAGACUGCAAGUGAAGUUUAAUCUUCUCUCUUCAACAUGUCCAGAGAAUGAAGGCUGCUAUCUCUCUGUAGACCAAGAAAAAUGCCUGGAGGACUGCAAAUUCAAUGCGACAGCUAAAACCUUCUUUAUUAUUCACGGAUGGACAAUGAGUGGCAUAUUUGAAAAGUGGCUGGGCAGCCUAGUGUCUGCCCUCCAGAACAGAGAAAAGGAUGCUAAUGUGGUGGUGGUAGACUGGCUGGUACUUGCCCAUCAACUCUAUACAGAUGCUGUGAACAACACAAAGGUGGUUGGACAAAGAACUGCAAAGUUGCUCAACUGGUUACAGGAAAAACAAUACCUUCAGUUUGAAAAUGUUCACUUAAUUGGGUACAGUCUUGGUGCCCAUGUUGCUGGCUAUGUUGGUAACUAUGCAGCUGGGACAGUAGGCAGAAUUACAGGCUUGGAUCCAGCUGGCCCUAUGUUUGAAGGAGUUGAACCUCACAGACGCCUCUCCCCUGAUGAUGCAGACUUCGUGGAUGUCCUUCAUACAUAUACGAGAGAAACGCUGGGCGUCAGCAUUGGGAUCCAGAUGCCUGUGGGUCACAUUGAUAUCUACCCCAAUGGGGGCGAUUUCCAGCCUGGUUGUGGAUUAAGAGAUGUUCUGGGAGCAAUCGCGUAUGGGAGUAUUGGGGAUGUUGUGAAAUGUGAACAUGAACGAUCUGUGCACCUCUUUGUGGACUCUCUUGUGAACCAAGAUAAGCGGAGCUUUGCUUUUCAGUGCACAAAUUCCAGCCGUUUCAAGAAGGGAAUCUGUCUGAGCUGCCGAAAGAACCGCUGCAACAGCAUUGGCUACAACGCUAAGAAAAUGAGGAAUAAAAGGAACAGCAAGAUGUACUUAAAAACCAGAGCUGACAUGCCUUUCAGAGUUUACCAUUAUCAGAUGAAAAUGCAUGUUUUCAGCUAUAAAAACUUAGGAGAAACUGAGCCUACCUUCUUGGUUACCCUUCACGGCACGAACGGAGACUCUCAACCCCUCUCUCUGGAAAUACUUGACCAAAUUGGCCUGAAUUUCACAAACAGUUUCCUGGUUUAUACUGAAGAAGAUAUUGGUGAUCUCUUAAAGAUCAAGCUUACUUGGGAAGGGUCAUCUCAGUCCUGGUACAGUCUGUGGAAACAGUUCAAGAGUUACUGGUCCCAACCUGAGAAUUCCUCCAAGGAGCUGCACAUCAGACGUAUACGUGUGAAGUCUGGGGAAACUCAACAGAAGUUUACUUUCUGUGCUGAGGACCUUCAUCAGACAGACAUCUCUCCUGGCAAAGAGCUCUGGUUUGUGAAAUGUAGAGAUGGAUGGCAAACAAAAAUUCGUCCUAGGUCAGCCUUGAAUCUGCUCUGAAGGCUUCUCUGCAGACUUGCACGCAAGGACUAAACACGAAAUCAAAAUGCAUAGAGAAGGCUACGGUAGUGAAAAGACGACACACUCCUGCACAGUCUGUCUCAGCAGCACUUAAGAAAACUCACUAUGGAGGACAGCAUGUCUCGGAGCUGAUGCAAGCAGUGGAGGAGUGAUCCUGAUGGAUUCAGUUGCUGUCCUAGAGUAACUUAUUAAAAUGACUAAACUCUCCCUCCUUAAGGGAGUCUGGUUAAUGUGCAUGAACCUGAUGAUGCAUAUAUUUCUUGAUCUGUAUUUAUGCUCUGCACCACCACUCUCCUUCCCCCCCCCCCCCCCCCCCCCCCCCCACACACACACACACACACACUUUGGCUUCCAUUAACUGGAAGUGUGGACAAAUUCGAGACAAAUCUGUGCCUUGACUACAGCAAUAUGCCUUGGAGGUUGAAGAGAGAAAUUUACUAAACAUCAAAACAGUUGAGACUAAGCUAUUGAAAACGUGUCACUGUGUCUAUAGCAUAGGAGGUACUAUGUGGUCUAAAAUUGCACUAAACUGUGUGGAAGAAUGGAAGGUCUAAAUCUGUUUGUUUUGUUUGUCUGUUUUUUAGGGUCUUUUUUAACUAAGCACAAUGUGUUUUCUUCUAUAAACUCUAUCUUCUCUCCAUGCUGUUCAACACUUUUCCCAUGAACCAGUUACUGUAGGUCUGCCUGAUAUUGUUACAAACGCAUUGUAUGGUGAAGAGGCCAAUAUUUCACCACUGUUUUAAGAAGCAAAAGCAAAUCCAAAUAAGCAGUGAUGUGGUUGACAGCUGUUCCUAAGAUGGUUGUUCUACUGAAUAUAAUUAUCUAAAUCGGGACUGUCCAGAACUUAUUCACUAUUGGCCUGAAAGAUUUAGAUGACAACUACCCAUCUAUUUAUUGUAUAAUAGGAAGGCAAUUGAUUGAACCAUAUCAAACAAACUCUACAGCUUUCAGCAACAGUAUUCAGAGGAUACAAUUGACUCUGGGAAGAAUGGAGUUGUAAUGCAGCUGUUGUAUGAGCACACAUGCUUAUUUUUGCAUGUGUAACAAUAUUUGCCUGCAGAAAUCAUUUUCAAGCUCUUUUUAAUCAGUGACUUCAAAUCAAUCUGGCUCCAUUUCAGCAAGAAGCUACUGAUCUGAGUGUCAGAUUCUCACCUAGCUAUUUGAUUCGCUAUAGCACUUUGUGCUGAAUCAUAGGUGUAGUUACAGGCAGGGUGAAGGGUGGGUUUUUAAUGUAUUUAGGAUUAUGCUUUGCUUUGGUUUGGUUUUAACAUGCACAGCCUUUAGCACAAUGCCGAUGCUGCCUGAUCCACUAAAUUCUGAAAGCCUUCAUCAACCAGGUCACUUUAAAGGGCCAACAACUGUUUUUAAUGAUGCUGUGCCAACUAAAGUGAAAUCAUCAUAUGCAUUUGGAGAAUAAUGUGAUUGGUCUUGGUUAUGUACAAUCAUCAAUGAUUAAAGACUUUGGUAACUGUGAUUGGUCACCAUAACAUAUUUAUACAGUGGUCUCAAGGCCCUAUUUGUAUAUUGUAUUUUUUUUAUAUGGACUUGGAAUGUUAUUUAUUUCUUGAAUGUAUAUAUGUUAAAAAAAACCAAAACCUUUGAACUUUGCAUUUUGAGUAAGAGUUUUAUAAACCUUAAACAGAAAAAUAAAGGUAUCUUGUAGAAACUGA